AGAUUUAUCGUACCAAAGGUAUUUUCUUUUUAACAAAUUAUAUAUCAGUUCGGAUUAAUGUUCAUUCAUAAACUAUUAAAGUAUCGUAAAAUGUAUCCGUAAGUUAUAAAAUGAGAUAGAGAGAAAUAUAAAGCUCUUCGACCGUAAGUCGUUAUGGUCGAAAAGCUUUAGAUUUCUCUUCUAAUGUGUUCCACUCGAAAGUAUAAAUAUAAAAGUAUAAAUAUAAAGUUUCGUUAUUAUCAGAGAUUAUUAUAAAACAUUAUAUCAAGAAUUUUUUUGUAAUCACAUACAAGAUGAUCAUUUACGUUUAGAGAACCAUCAUUGCGUUAUUUUACGAAAAAAAUAUUCGCCGAGAUUGCUGAGAAACUAAUCGGAGUUUUCGUAAUAAUGCAGAAAAGAUAAGAACUUUUCCUAUAUAGUUAUCUCGACACUGUAUUAUAAUUCUCAAUUUUAUAAUAAAAUUUAAAACAAAUUUUACAAUAAAAUAAAUUUCAGUGCGAGAAUGCAACGUGUCAAAAAAAUAUUUAUAAUUUGUAUAAUUUGAAUAAUUUGUAUUUUAUUUCAAUACAACAAUGAAAUUUUUUAGGCAAUCAAUCAUAAACAUAUUCGGACAUAUAGUUAUGCAAUAAUGUUUUUCACUUAGUGACACAAGUCGACACAAAUGUUGUCCUAUCUUUGAUUCAAUGAGUAACAAAGACAGAUACGACGCUGACUCGUAUCACUAAAUGGAAAGCACCCAAUGAUUCGUUAAAAUAUCUGUUGCGCGAAGGAUUUCCUGCGCGCGAUAAGCGCCAAGUUUUUCCAUAACUUUUUUGUUUCGCAAUAAAUGCAGAGACUGCAUCUUGUGAUGUAUGAUAAGAAUGCAAAGAGAUUAUAUUCAAUCAAGCGAUAAUAAAGUAAUCGAGAAACAUAAAAAUAUUAUUUAUCGCUUUCUGCCCUUUUACAUCGACGUGAUUAUAAAAUUAAUUAAUUUUACUAAAAUCUGUUUAAAAGUAACUAAAUUAAAGAUACUUAACUAAAAGAAUCUUGUAAUCUCUUUCAAAAUUUAAUACAAUGAAACAAUUUUGCAUUUCGAUUUUGAUUAAAUAACUUUGUAGAUAUUUGAAUCUCCGAACAUCAAACAAUCACCGCUGAUCUUAUUUCAGCUUCUAAAUUGAGUUCUCCUGUCAAUAAUAUAGAGAAAACACAUGACACUAAAAUAUUCUCUCUCGCUCUAACUCUCUUUUUUCUCCUAUAUAGAACACAUUAAUGUUCUUCCAGGUCAUAGCGCAUGCAAGCUGUUAUGCUGUCUACGCUUGGUGUCGUACUGCCCUCCACUUUUCUUCUCAUUGAUGACAACUUAAGAUCAGACCCGUGAAGAUGACCAAUAACUGUAACAUAACGCUAGAAUUCGAUUGCAAAGUCGCAGAUUUCAUUAAAUCUAAUAUCCGAUCGUAUUAUGACCUUAUUCUCGUAGUUCUAGGCUGUUUAGGUAACUGUCUAUCCGUGUAUGCGUUUCUCGGUACGAAGCUGCGUUAUUCCUCGUCCAGCAUUUACUUGGGAGCACUAGCAAUAAAUGACAACAUUUUCCUACUGUUGGGAGUUUUUAUACCCUGGCUAAGAACGUGGGGCGUGAAUAUAUUUAAUCAGCAAGGCUUCUGUCAAUUUAUUCAGUAUUUUGGCUAUGUUAGUUCUUUCCUUAACGCAUGGCUUGUAGUGGCUUUCACCGUCGAGCGGUACAUAGCAGUCAAGUGGCCGCUUCGUCGCCAGUUUUUAUGCACGGUAGUCCGAGCAAAGAUGACGGUAACGGGAUUAACAGUAUCAGCGAUUUUGCUGAGCAGUCCGAUAAUCUACUUGACCAGGAAGACCACUGAUCAAGAUUGUGGCUCAAAUAAAAACAUCGAAAAUGACGAGAACUUGCGUCGGUUAAGUGAGAUCUACAAUACCAUCGACAGCAUCGUAUCAUUCGUUGUACCCUUGAUCACGAUAGUAAUCUUCAAUAUGCUGAUAGCACGUAACAUCUACAAGCUUGAUAAUAUUCGAAGAACCUUGACUAUAGAAUCUAACGUUUCCAACGACAGAGCUCAUGCUUCACGGGACAGAAUGCCACAGACUAAAGUCACAAAAAUGCUUCUGGUCGUUUCGACCACGUUUCUCUGUCUCAAUUUACCUGCAGUCGUCAUCAGGAUAAUCGUUUUUAUUUAUAAUCAAAAAAUAGAGGAACUGUUAUGGCUCUAUUGGGCGCAACAGAUAGUUCAAGCAUUAUUCUAUACGAGUUUUGGAAUAAAUUUCAUUCUUUACUGCGCGAGCGGGCAGAAUUUUCGCAGAGAGAUACUUCGCAUGUGUGGAAAACGUUCGAGGAGAAAUACUACAAGUGGAACUAUCACGAGUCAUGGAAAUCAGUGUGUUUCAGAAUUAACAAGCAGAAGUAAUUUAACAACAAAGCGACAGUACUCUGUCGAAACUACUCUGUCGACAGAACUGUCAGCAGACGCAAAAACUUCCAGUAAAAGGAUUAUGAUAUAAUAAAUCAUCAGUUUAAUGUACCUGAGUGUAAAUAUGUGUUAAACGGAGACAAUCAGAGAAUUAUGUGUAAUGCACCGAUACAGUAUUACAGUGCACAAAGUAGAUGGAUUAUAAGCUUACCAGCUUCGAGUUCCGUAGCAGGAAGAGGACCUACGUUUCCGAAGAACCGUUGAUCCAAUAGUUGAAGAAGCUGAAGCGCUGCAUCAUGGACCGGAGCACGUGGACAUCCCGUAUUCAUUAAUGUUACGUUGAUAACACUCGUAUAAUGAUCGCAAGGAUACUCCCUAAAGAAAAAAAAAUCAAAUGUCUCGCGAUUGUUAUAUCGUUUACAAAAAUUUUGUUAUUCUGUUAUUCUUCGCAAUUAUUCUACCUGUGACUCUGUUGAAAAGUGUGUGUCUCAUAGCCUUUAUUCCCUAUGUGUACAUAUCACAUUUUCUCCUACUAUUCUUAAUAAACGUUCAUGUGUGAAAUAUACAAUA